CCCCUCCCCCAUUCCCGCCGCCGCUCUCCCGGAGGCGCGGGUCCGGGAGAUGACAGGAGCGCCCCGGCAGCCAAGGGCUGAGUAGCGGAGGAAUGACUUAGGCCCCAAGACCUCCCCCGGCGGUUCUACUCACCGUGUCAGAGGCCGAGGCCCAGCGAUGAGAGUGCAGGGAAGUGGGGAAGAGGGGACGGCCGCCACCAGGCUCCUCCGCUUCCCCGGGUCCACAGCGGAUCCCUCUCGCUUGUCAAGAGGCGGCCGGCGGGGGAGCGGACUGGCGGAGACGGGAGAGAGGAGAAGAGAAAGGCGUGGGGCUAAAGCUAGAGAAACUGAGGGGAGUUCUGGCCGACCUUUUCACUUCUUCAAGAGUGUGGGGACAAUGCUGAAAGGAGUGACAAGACUCGUCUCCAGGGUCCAUAAGUUGGACCCUGGACAUUUUUUGCGCCUGGGGACCCAGGCACCCCAGAGCCUUGCUGUUCAACUGGAUAGCCAGGUUUCAUUUGAGAGUCCUAGAGCUAUUUCCUGCACCAGUGAGAAUGACCCGGCCAGGCAUGAGGAGAAGCAUGAGGGUCAGCACUACAACUUACCCCUCCAGGAUAUGAAGACUAUAUUCCCCCAUGGCCUGCCUCCUCGAUAUGCAAUGCAGAUGAAGACAUUCAAUGAAGCUUGCCUGAUGGUAAGGAAACCAGCCCUAGAGCUUCUGCAUUACCUGAAAAACACCAAUUUUGCUCAUCCAGCUGUACGAUACGUUCUCUAUGGGGAAAAAGGAACAGGAAAAACACUCAGUCUUUGCCAUGUUAUUCAUUUCUGUGCAAAACAGGACUGGCUGAUACUGCAUAUUCCAGAUGCUCAUCUUUGGGUGAAAGACUGCCGGGAUCUUCUGCAGUCCUCCUACAACAAACAGCGCUUUGAUCAACCUUUAGAGGCUUCCGUCUGGCUGAAGAAUUUCAAAACUACAAAUGAGCGUUUCUUAAGUCAGAUAAAAAUUCAAGAGAAGUAUGUCUGGAAUAAGCGAGAAAGCAUUGAGAAAGGCAGUUCUCUGGGAGAAGUAGUUGAACAGGGUAUAACACGGGUGAGGAACGCCACAGACGCCGUUGGGAUUGUGCUCAAAGAGCUAAAGAGGCAAAGUUCUUCGGGUAUUUUUCACCUCCUGGUGGCAGUGGAUGGAGUCAAUGCUCUCUGGGGAAGGACCACACUGAAAAAAGAAGAUAAAAGUCCAAUCGCCGCAGAGGAACUAGCACUUAUUCACAACCUGAGGAAGAUGGUGAAAAAUGACUGGAAUGGAGGUGCCAUUGUGAUGACUUUGAGCCAGACUGGGGCUCUUUUUAAGCCCCGGAAAGCCUAUCUGCCCCAGGAACUGCUGGGAAAGGAAGGAUUUGAUGCCUUGGAUCCCUUUAUUCCUAUCCUGGUUGGCAACUAUAACCCAAAAGAAUUUGAAAGUUGUAUUCAGUAUUAUUUGGAAAACAGUUGGCUUCAACAUGAGAAAGCUCACACGGAAGAAGGUAAAAAGGAGCUGCUGUUCCUAAGUAAUGGGAAUCCUGGGCAGCUGGAGCGGCUCUGUGCCUACCUCUAGGCCAUGGCCACAACAUGCAUGGAAGGCACUGGACAUCACAGACAGGCCCAAUCAGAUGGGACGUCCCACAGCAUACACACAGCUCAUGAGACUGGACAGUACUGCAAAUCAACUCCCAACUUGGCUGAAAUGGGUUCCUUGUAAAGUGACUAUAAUGGCAAUAAGACAUUCUCUUGUUCCUGAAACUAAUAUCAGUUUAUUAUAUAUGGUUUUCACAUUUUAAUUGUGCCUCUUUUCCUAAAACUUAAAUUAUCUUUCUUAAA